UAUGGUAUAGCGUUUCUCUUACAGCGAGUAGAGCGCCUAUGACCAUCGGAAAUUCCAUUUCUAGCGUUCCAUCGUGUAUUUAUGACUGCAGGCAUUUCGUUUAAAUGCUGUUCACGUUGAGUGAAAUCUUUGGUCAGUUUAUGUUGUUUGGGUGGCUGGUCUUUGUAUGAGAUUCACUACUCUAUUAAUUAGUAUUGAUACGGUGUACAAGUUUUCCCUGGAAUAUCAUGCUGUGAAAUAUUAUUGCAUUUCAAAACAAAGUGGGAAAACUAUCACUGAAAAAAGUAUUGCAAACAUAAUGAUUGAAAAUCAGGCUUAUAUGUGUUGGAAUCAGUAAGCCGGAGUAUGACUGGAAUUCAGGAACACCUGACGGGAUUUACUGAACAAUUAUCUCAACUGUAGUAUCAACACCUGUCUUCAUCCCAGCCAACAAACUAUACAGGUUCAUUAUGGAUCCAAACUAGAUAGGAGGAACAAAAACCAACAAGGAUGCAGGGAAUAUGCAUAGCUCUAGCGGGAUAUCAAAAAUUAGCAAUGAUACUCAACAUGUGUUCUGGGAGAGUGAAAGUUGGCCUUCAGAAUCCUGGACUUUCUCAGAGAAUCAUCUUGUGAUUUUUAGACGAAAUAAUAUUGAUUAGAUAUAUAAAUAAAAAUGUAAUUAAAUGAUCGUUAUGCAUAACUGGUUUUAUGUUCUCAAAAUGAGUAAUUGGUGUAAAACCUGGAAAAUGAAGAACAUCAAGUAUUUUUGCAGUGUUAUUACGCCUACAACGGAAUAAUGUAAUUGAACGUAGAACCUGGAAAGUGUGCAUGGAUAAAUUCCGUCCAAGAUGAAGUAUUGGCUGUUGUUGAUAGCUAUUGUACAAGGAUUAUUUACUUCACUUUGCCGCGCAGAGUGUAAAUUUCCGGACUUUCUUCAAACCUAUGGAGACGGUCCGUCUUGGUUUAUUCGUUAUCCCGGUAACAAGGACGUCUCAAUUACCGUGAAAUACACGCACAUGUACAUUAAAGAAUGUCAGAUGCACGGAUACCGAUCGUGCAAAACCUAUGAAAGAAAUUGUAAUGUUGAUAAAGGUGGAUAUAAAUUCUUAGUUCGAGAAAUACUGAGUGAUAUCAAUUCUUACGAACGUGAAUCUACCUACCGCUGUAUACAAUUUAUCCGACGCAGUAAAAGUGUCGUUCAAAUUAAAGUAUCUCGGUAUAUGUCAAAAAAUUCCUCUGAAACUCUUUGUAACGAUGAGUUUAUGAACCUGGAUUUGAACCCGAUGAUAUCCAGGGAGCAUGCAGAAGAAGAAAACCAGUGUCCCAUUGUAGGCGGGUAUGAUUUUAAAUUGUAUGCACCUGAUCAACCCGCUCCUCUUUGUGACGACAUUUUCUUACCUCUCCGAAUUGAAAGUGAUUGUACUCAGCGCGAAGGGAUAAAACUUUACUUCCGGCGUAGAAAUUGUUCAAGUUUGUUUGUCGGUAGACCUAUUGAGUCGGAUCCUGUUAGACUUCGUUGUGUGGCCACAUGGAGAUAUAUGCAAUAUACAUUUUCUAUUGUCAAGUGGCAUGGGUCGUCAGAAUUCUGGUGUUUUCGUGUCUUAUAUAAGGAAAACGAUGUGCAGGAGAUCUAUAUAUACUUUAAUGGAAUAUGUCCCUUUGAUGAUGGAAAAAAAGAAAGAAUGCUUAUGCUGAAACAUUUUAAAAUUCACCACGUUACAAAUAUUUGUGAAGAUGAGAAUUUAGUAUGUAGCUAUCACCAUUGCUCAACUCGCGUCCGCGAUAACUGUAAACUUUCUUGCAGUUUAUGUGAGCCUGAAAAAGAGGAACGACCAUGCUCGUUCCCAAGUGAAUUUCAUGGCUUUUGGAACGGUUUAGAUGACCCUGUCAGGAGUGUGUUAAUUAUUGAUAACCAGACUCUCACAUACGGGAGUCUAAAAUGGCACUGCGUUACCUCUACAACUAGCGAAACAUUACGGCGUAGGAAAGUGCUGAAGCUUAAGUUCAACAAUGGGUGCCAUCCGCGGUAUACGUGUGUUGACAUCGAACAGCCGGCUGAGUCCGUGCUGCGGUACCGGACGGGCACGGAGCUCCACUGGCCAAUCCAGGGCCUGGAGGAAGUUUGCGAGGACCGUUAUUUUGACUACGUGCCCACAAACUCACACGUUACAGGCAUCGCCAGGACCUCAGGUCCCUGGAUCUACUUUAUCAACGAUUCUCCAAAGUUUGUGACGUGCAAUCUACCGUGGUACAUUCCUAAAGCUUCCUUUUAUGACAUGUACGAUAGGAAUAAUAACCUUGCAAAUCAUGGAUGUUUAUUAAACAGCAAUGGGCACCCUGGACAUGUUUUACAACUUUACUAUACUUACAAAGACAUAGAUAAAGAAUGGAAAGUUCAUAUUAAGAAAACCUUUAUUUGUUUAGCUUCAAUUCGUUUUAUAGGUGAAAAUGAUGUGCUCAUUACUCAAAAUGUAGAUGAAGGCAUUUACAUGUGCUGGUCUUUCUACAGAGACCAUGAUAGAAACUACGUGUAUAUAUUUGGCGCAAAGGAUUGCGGCAAUGGUACAAAUAUGCAGCUGGUACAUUACAGCGCGAAGAAAGCGCUCGCCACAUUGGUGCUUAUGAAAAAUUCGACAGAAUGUGACUUUAUUGAGUAUGAUCAAGACAAGGCUAUGACACGGCGUAGUGAUGACGCCCUUUCCAACCUCACAGAGAACAAUGUCGGUUCUUCUUCGAAUUCAAUCAUUUCGUCCUUCCUCGCACUGGCAUUCCUCAUCCAAAUGUUGUUGUAAAUUAAUGCAAAACCAAGAGAAAUGUGUGUGUUCAAAAUCAAAGAACUUCAUACAAAGGGGUUAUGUUUCAUUCAGUAUAAAGAGGUUGUUCCGAUAUUUGUAGAAACAUGUUCGAGUGAGAGAUGUACAAGUAUCAAACUGUUGUAUAGAGCAGUUCAGCACAUGCAAUUAUAACAAAUAUUUUUGCAGUGUUCUUAUUCUUACAACGGAAUAAUGUUACUGAACAUAGCACCCGGGAAGUGAUUACGUGAACAAACAAUAAUAGUCAGGUACUUGAACAAAAGUAUUAUUAAGGGAGACCUAAAUGUGGAUAUAAAACAUGCUUCAUGUCGUUACCUGAAGGCACGUGCUUAAUUUUCUAUUGCAAAGCAUAUUUCUGGAUGUUUUCUUUAAUGUAGUUUGUUGGAGAAAAUAACAUAAAUUGUACGCUCCAUGUCGGUGUUAUGAUCAUUCAACUCGAAAAGAAAACCCCCUAAUCAUAGUUAUGUGUGUUGGAUGAUAGUUUUACAAACGACAAUUGCUUCAACGUAAAAGGGCUGCAACAAAAGGAAUACUGAUAAACAAGUAUAUGCUUUACAUAUAUCAUAACAAAAAAUGCUUUGUGUUCUAUGGUUCCGUUCAAAUCACUUUUUCCAAUCAUAGUGUUCUAGUAUAUCUUAUUUUAAAACGCAUUACCAAAAAAGCUCGACAUUCGAAUUCGGAUAAUAUAAAGCAUUUGUACACACAAUACAUACCAAAUAUCAUUUGUUGCUGUUUUAAAGCCUACAGUUUGUUAUAAAACUUGCUCAAUUCGCGUUCACAUUGAAAUUAUAUACAAUUAUAAUGUACGUAACCCCUGCACAAAAAUAAAGAUAUCAAAAAAUGAAGAAAAAAACGUCUAAAGUUCUCGGCAAAUGUUUUACCCCACCCACCUAGUGGAUAUUUGCUUUUACUACAGUAAAGUGAAGUAUACAUAGACAUAGCAUGGUGCAGAUAUUUUGUCAAGACGGAAAGGAGAACACAGACCUAUCAAUUACAACUAGAAUACGACUCCAAUGAUACUUUGAGAAAAAUGAAACUUAGACAACAUUUGCAAUUGUUUUUUAUCUGAAUUGUUAUAUACAUUCCUUCCAAAAAUGUUAGUUUGUUAAUACAUUCUGAAGCAUUUACACGUGAAGGGCAAGUAUUUAUAUGUCCUGUCUGUUUCUGAAAACCAAUAUGUUCCUAAAAUGUGCAGAUAACCUUUUGUCUGUAUCCUACAUACGUACACAUACGAAUAUGUAUCAUUGUACGAAGAUGAUACUGAUGCUGCUGAUCACAUAUAUGUUCAAAUAAUAUUAGAUCGUCUGUCAUCAACUUAUCAUUUGUACAUGUGUGCAUGCAAAUGUCAGUAAAACCGAUGACGUAAAUUCAUUUCCAGGUCUGGUAAUUGCAAGUGUUUUCGAAACGUGAUUAAUUUAAUGUCAUACCGUCAUUAAUGUAUCAUUCAAUAGAGAGUGUUUUAUCCAUAAUCUCGAUACAAUGACGCCACAGAUAAUGUGCAAGAAAGGAUGUUCUCUUCGUUCUGUCUAUUGCUUUUGUAAUAGGAGAAUUAAAAAAGCAUAUAAGCAGUUAUUUCAUGUAAUUAGUUUUACUUAAAACUUUCACUGAUUGUUUGAAUGGUGUUACGAGGUCUGGUAUUGUGUUACCCAUUUCACCACCUACUGCACAAUUUUAUUUCAGAAUAUGUGUAAAAAUUUGUUACUCUAACCACUGAAACAAUACUAUAUUACGAGAAUUAUCUUAUUGCGUUGAAAUAUAUUUUAGAAGGAUACUUAUAAUACAAUUGCCGCGACAAUACAAGUUUCCGAUAUUAUUUUAAACAUAAGUCAGAUUUAAAUAGAUUAAAUUUCAAUUUAAAAUUAGUAUUUUAUUCUUUUGUAUGAAAUAUGUUUCCUUCUUGCAAAAAAUAAUCAUAUUUUAGUCAUCUUUAUCUGGAGUAAACCUGUAAAGAAAUGUACAUUUAUAUAUUAUUCUUAUGCUUUUCCUUCAUGCAGACAAUAAAUAUAUGUAAAACAUUUAUGAGCAAUAUACGAAUAAUCAUGUGAUAUGCCAAAAUAUAAAAAAAAAUAUCAACAUUUCUACUUAAAUACUGUCUUUCCUUCUUGCUAAAUAUAAACAUAUUUUUGUCAAAUUUGACUGGAGUAAACCUGAAAAGUUGAAAUGUUCAUUAUUACAUUAUGCUUAUGUUUUUCGUCCAUGCAGACAAUGAACACAUUGUGAUUGUACAUUUAUGAUCAAUAUACCAAUAAUCACGUGAUAUGCCUAAAUAUAAAACAAUGAUCGACAUUUCUACUUUAAUACUCUCAAUAAGUUGCGAAUGCCCAAACCGUUGUUUUAAUAUCAGGAUAAUUUCUAGAGUAUGGGUAGCAUUAUUUUACUUUUGACGAUUUUAUUUGAAUGAUGUUUUAAAUGUCGCACCAUUUUAGAAUAUAAAUUGAUCUGUUAAUAAAAAAUGUACGUCCUUACCUUUAUGCAUUGUUUAUGUAUAAAAUGUUUUUGCUUAAAAUAGAUCUGAAUUGAAUGUUAACAAUAUGAAUAAAUACUGUAUAUGGCUGUUAA